GAAGGAAUCGAAGGAACAAGAAUGGAGAAAGAGGUUUGGAUCCUCUCUAUCUAAGAUUCGCACAUUGAAGGCGCAGAAGGCGCGGCUGUGGCUGAAACGGAACCAAGAAGCACUUAUCGCGCAUUUUCCGGAAGGAAUCGAAGGAACAAGAAUGGAGGAUGGAGCGUGAAUCCCUACAAUCUCAGAUUCACGAUCUGACACAGAAGGCAGCGAUGUCAGAGAAGAACAAGGAUGCAGAAAUUGAGCGGUUGAAGAUCGCAGCAGCGACGUCAGAGAAGAGCAAGGAUGCAGAAAUCAAGCGUCUGAAGAUCGCAGCAGCGAUGUCAGAUGCAGAAAUCAAAGGACUGAAAGCGCAAUUGGAGUUAGAGAAACAGAACCGCUGGUGGAAGAUGCAAUCGCAGCAGAACGCCCGGAGCGCAGAGAUUGAGCAGAUGAGGAAUGAAAUUUGUUCCCUGGUGAGGCGCUUGCAUCUUCCACCGCAAGUAGAAGGAGAAACCUGGCAGUAUCAGACAAACAGUGGUGAGUGGGCCGAAUUUCAAGACAAAGCCAACAAAGAGCUCAUGCUCAAGUUUCAGGAAGGCCAACAGACAUGUGAGAUGACGAUAGACGGUAUAGCAUACGACUAUGAUUUUCAGGUCAUGAACCAGACGAACAAGCGCACCAAAAAAGCGCGCAGUAUCCGGUUCUGUUCGAACCUUCCGCACCACUGGGGCAUCACUGAUGCGGAUUCCUUGAAGAUGUUGCUGCCAGUGAAUCAAGGGAAUGGUCAGGAUGGAUCCGACGAUCGCAUUUGUUUUGUAACAGAUCCUGCCGUCAUGUCAAC